AUGCAUGAUUGUACAGAUAUACUCAACAAAAGUAUUUUUUAUUCUAUUUUCCUUGUAGCUUUAUCCCCUACCCCAUCAGAGAAAGGGUCAACAUCGACCAGAACUUUGACCCCAGAAUCAUUUAUCAUUCAUUCCCGUACCCCAUCUUCACCCACCAAACAACACACUGCUUCUCCCAUUAAAGACAUGUACCAAGUAAAUACUAAAAGAAUUCAGUCAGAAAUUCAAGAAACAUCAACAUUUAAGCCAACAUUUUCUAGUGGUGCGACACAACUUAAGAAAUCAGCUUUUAAGACAAAAGCAAAAUCAAAAUUACAAUCAAGUCAGCACCUUACAGGAUCAGCACCAACACAUACAAUUACAAGCAUAAAGAAACCUAUACCCAUUAAGCCCCCUCUCAAAUCUCCUCAGACACAACUGCCAGAAAAAGUAUCAGAUUUAACUGUGAAAUCUGACAGAUUUGAAACUGUAUCAAAAAUGCCAUCAACAAAAACGCUUGUCACAAACAGCACAGAAAAGAUGUUUAAACCAGUAACAACUCCAUUGCAAUCAUCAGAUGUACAAAAUAAACCAAACAUUGUGCUAAUAAGAAAGAGUCAUACAGAAUUAAUAAAGGAGAGAGCACUGGAAGCAAGACUCAAAGUUCAGUCACUAAAGAAGGAUACUACAAAGUUAAAACCAAGCAAGGGGGAUGAAAGUCAUAAAGAAGGGACAGACAAGGGCCCAAUUGAAUCUGAAGACAAACCUAAAACUGCUUCAAGCGAAUUUGCUCUUGCUAUGAUGGAGUUUAUGAAAUCUGAGGCUGCAUUAAAACAGAAUGAUUUGGAUAAGGUGGAUACAUCAAAAGAUGAUGAUUCAGCAAAAACUGAAAAAUUUGUUGACCUAGGACCAGACCAGACAACCAAACAAGAUGAACAUGAUGAGGAAAAAACUGAAAUUGCUACCAAAGAGAGUAUAAAAGAGGCAGAUAGUGAUGUUGAAAAGGUAGAUCAGGAUAAAGUUACAACAGAAGCUGUAGAGGUUGAUGCUAAAUCUGUAACGGAGACAGAACUGCAGUCUGAUGCUGAUUCUUGCCUUGCAACAUCAAUAGGGACCAUGUCCCCAGUAAAGAUGCUAGACCAAGAUUAUUCUACUAAACCUGAAACUGACAGUGCUUCAAGUACUAAGGGAGAUGACAAUAUUAAGGAUACUUCAGACACUGGAAAAGAUUCUUUUGAACAAACAGAGGAAUCUGAAAUAGACACAGAAGUUGAAGGUAACCAUAGCAACUGUUGCCAUGGUGUGGUUGCCCCAGCACUGGUCACAUGUCCAUAA